UAGAUCGUUAUCUUAUUGGCUGAUCAGAUUGUUGAUAAAACGUCACAAGUCUCGUCUGCGCAUGCGCGAGACGCUACUCGGCAUAUUGAAAAAAAUAUUGGAAAACACGCAAAAGAUGAAUAACUUUGAAGAUUUUGACGACAUUCUGGGGGAUAUUGACGAUACCUUUGGUAUACAGGGUUACCAGUUCGAGCCUGAAUACACAGAAGAAGAACUGAGAGAGAUGGAAGUAGAAGAGGCCCGUUUGAGAGACGCAGAGGCUGAAAAUGAAAUUCCCGAAGUCCUGGAUUUCUGCAUCUGCAAGAAAACAGAUCUUGAAAUGGGAUGUGAUCGGGCGAAUCUUCUAGAUUCCAAAGAGGCUGUCUGUUGCCGCGGGGAACAGUGGAUAGAUCUCCUAUCUUCAAAGUGCGGCCAAGAGGAAGAAUGUAUUACAAACCAUGACGAUUUUGCUGUCGUCAUUCUGCAUCCAGCCGUACUUCUGUUGGCCUUUUGCAGAUUCUUGGAUUUCAAGAAAAGGAAGUGCGCCAGACCCAAUUCAUUGACAAAUAGCCAGUCCAGACUCAUGGCGUAUCGUCAAUUUGUCACCUGGGCCUAUUGUGGCAACAGACUGGGAAAGAAAAACCGAGUGGUUAUCCCUGCCUGUGUGACGGAGCGGAUCAGACAGAAGUUCCCAAAGGCUGAGGGAGAAUCCUAUAAAGGUUAUGCAGAUUAUUUGGAGGAAGAAGAUGAUGUUGAAGUGUGACCUGGAUUGAGUCGGAGAAUUUGAACUGAUGAACACCAUUGGAACAUCAUUGGAGAGGAGUCUAGCAACUGUAAAUAGUGAAUACAAUAUAUCACAUAUAGUUUAUGCGAUAUUGUAAAUACAUGUAAUGUGUAUCAUCAUAUGGAAGUUCAGUGUAUAUAUGCCAUAUAUGGAUAUGAAUGACUCACAACUAAAUCAUCAUCACAUAUUGCAGUAUUGUAUGCAGUAUUAUGAUGAAUAACUAGACAUAUCAUCAUAUGGAAGUUCAACAUAUUAUAUAUGGAGAUUGAUGACUCACAACUACAUGGUGACUUUAUAUAGUGUGUAUAUGCAGUAUUGGAAAUAAUAUAUAUCAUCAAAUGGAUGUCAGUGUAUAUAUGGAGACUGGUGACAUAUUGUAUAUAGUGUAUAUACUCAAGUACAUAUGUACAUCAUUACACAGAGCUUCAAAUACAAUUCGUAAUACAUGUAUAGACAAUAUAAACACUAUUUGUGUAUUAUGGAUCAGAUUAUAAAGUAAUUUAUUCGAUACAUAUUUGGACUUAGAAAUACAUUCAAACACAAUAUGUGAUGCUUGAUAGAAUGGAUAAUUUUGCUUUAUUAUAUAAAUGUUUUCAUAAAUAGAAUUGUUUCAUCUGUGCUAAAAUAACUUGCAGUCAGUUUUUCAGUCUAAAGUUAUAUUUUACAUGUUCUUGAAAAUACUUCUUUCACUUCUCAAAUUGCCAAUUGUUUCCAAGAAUAGACUUCUGUUACCUUUUGUUCAAAAAUGGAUAUUUUCCACAAUGAGAUGUGGAUCUCAAUCUCAGUGGCCAGAAUCAUGUAAAUAGCUGUAUAAAAUGUAUGUGAUACUUAGAUACUGUUACUGUCAAUAAACAAUUGUAAACAACAGUCAUUUUUAUGUUUCACUUUUUAUUGGUCGGCGAGUUCCUGAC